AUGGCUUCCACCGACUUAUUCCUCAGAAGGACAUUAACUGACGUUCUCGAAGAUGAACUUUACCAUCUAAAUUCUGACUGCUAUCAGGAUACAUCUGUCUAUCCAACUUAUUAUAAUGCUGCUCAACUUCCUUUGAAAGAAAGGUUAUGCAAUAGUCAAUUAUCAUUAUGUUCUCCAUCCUCUUCUAGUAAUACCCAAGCAAACACAUCAACUAAUUCACCAGCUGCUUCAGUCAUCGCUAAUAAUGAGAAUCCAACAAGCUACUUCAAUGUGAAUCUACAAGAUCUUAACAUGUUUAGCAAAUAUGCUGAUCCUUCAUUAACGACAACGACAACCAAGGAUAAGGAAAGGGAAAAGAAGAACAAUAUUAAUAAGCUGAAUUUUCAUAUCCAAAGAAAUCAUAGGAAUCUACUAGCCAAAGUGAAAACGAUAAAUCUACGGAGUAUACAGAAGGAACCAAGACCCAAUGAAAGUGCUCCCUUUGUUAGUAAUAUUAUAAAUGGUCCAGUAACCAGUUCUGUUGAAGAACCUAUUAAGAUGAGUACAGAGGUAUUUGAUAACAUCUACAAGGAUAUAAACGUUACUACACCAGAUUCUGAUAAUACAUUUUCAAUGAAUGAAACAAAUCAAGAUUUAGAUUUCUUAGAUACGAUAGACGAGACCAAAUUUGAUUGGCCUUUGAGGGACAAUACCCUUAAGGGUACUGAUACUAAGGUAAUAUUUGAUAAUGAAUUUAAAGAAGAAAUGGAUGAGGACGAAGAAGAUUCUGAUCUUGACGAUGACAUGGAACUCUCACCAUUGUCAGAAAGUGAUUUCAAAUCUUCACAAUUAGUUGACAAUGAAAAUACUUACCAUCAUCAAUCAAUGAUACCUACACCUUUGACUAGUGAAAACUCCUCACCAAGAGAAUCUUUGAAACCAGUGAUAACUCUCCCAUCCUCAUCAUCUACAUCGAAUAAACCAAUUUCCAAUCUUAAAUUGAAUAUACCGAAAGAUUUCACUAUGAAAUCGAAUGAAGAAAAGAGGAAAGAAUCGUUAAUUGAAGAACUAAGGAAAUCAUCAUAUUCCAUAAAGAAACCUGCUUCAAUAGAAGAAUCUUUAAAAGCAAUAACGGAAUCUUCAACAGAUGAGACAUACACAUGCAGAAUAAUAAACUUAACUACUAAUGAACCUUGUUGUGCUCAAUUUUCAAGAUCGUAUGAUUUGACGAGACACCAAAAUACUAUCCAUGCUUCAAAGAAGACAGUAUUCCGUUGUUCUGAAUGUAUUAAGUCUUUAGGAAAUGAAGGUUACGAUAAGACUUUUUCAAGGUUGGAUGCUUUGACAAGACAUAUUAAAUCUAAGCACGAUGAUUUAUCAACUAUUGAACGUAAGCAAGUGACUAAAUUUGCUAAGGAAAACAUUGGAUAUGUUAUCGGUUAA